AUGCCGCGCAAGUGGUUGGCGGGAGAGCGGACGGAGUUUUAUGGACUCAGUGUGGCGUCUGAGCAUCUGGAUGAGUUCUGGUCUCAUAGCUGGCGCACCAUGGCCUGGCUCAAGUAUGUCAACAUCCUCUUCCUGAACAACGGCUUUCCCGCGUUCGUGGUUGCCGCUCUUUGUGCCUGUGCAGCUUUCUCCGCAGCUGUGGCAGGCAUCUUGCCGAUACAGGGCGGCCCGAAUCAAACAAGCAUAGCACAUGCGUGGUGCACCCUUGCUGGCACCCUCGGCUACUAUGUGACCCUUUUCCUAUGGCAGAGGAGGAAACUGGCUUUCCUUGAUAUCGCCUGCAUCAGCCAGACCGACGAAGAGCUGAAGAAUGUCGGCCUGAUUAGCGGCAAUUUCCUCGCUAAGGGCCAUUUGGGCCAUUUCCUGGGAGCUAAGGGCCAUUUCGUCGUGGCUAAGGGUCAUUUCUUCGUGGCUAAGGGUCAUUCGUGGCUAAGGGUCAUUUCCUUCGUGGCUAAGGGUCAUUUCUUCGUGGCUAAGGGCAAUUUCCUCGCUAAGGGCCAUUUGGGCCAUUUCCUGGGAGCUAAGGGCCAUUUCGUCGUGGCUAAGGGUCAUUUCUUCGUGCUAAGGGUCAUUUCUUCGUGGCUAAGGGUCAUUUCCUUCGUGGCUAAGGGUCAUUUCUUCGUGGCUAAGGGCAAUUUCCUCGCUAAGGGCCAUUUGGGCCAUUUCCUGGGAGCUAAGGGCCAUUUCGUCGUGGCUAAGGGUCAUUUCUUCGGUCAUUUCUUCGUGGCUAAGGGCAAUUUCCUCGCUAAGGGCCAUUUGGGCCAUUUCCUGGGAGCUAAGGGCCAUUUCGUCGUGGCUAAGGGUCAUUUCUUCGUGCUAAGGGUCAUUUCUUCGUGGCUAAGGGUCAUUUCCUUCGUGGCUAAGGGUCAUUUCUUCGUGGCUAAGGGCAAUUUCCUCGCUAAGGGCCAUUUGGGCCAUUUCCUGGGAGCUAAGGGCCAUUUCGUCGGUCAUUUCUUCGUGGCUAAGGGUCAUUUCUUCGUGGCUAAGGGUCAUUUCUUCGUGGCUAAGGGCAAUUUCCUCGCUAAGGGCCAUUUCUGGGGUCAUUUCUUCGUGGCUAAGGGUCAUUUCUUCGUGGCUAAGGGCAAUUUCCUCGCUAAGGGCCAUUUCUGGGUCGCUAAGGGCCAUUUCCUCGGCGCUAAGGGCCAUUUCGUCGUGGCCAUUUCUUCGUGGCUAAGGGUCAUUUCCUUCGUGGCUAAGGGCAUGGGUGCCUUUCUGAGAAGCUUCUUCCUCGUGACCCAGAGCAGAUUUUUCUUUGACCAUGUGGGCUUACGGGACUCCGCAUACUUUGCUACAGGGGAGCUUCUGCUUUUUGUUUAUGGCGUUGUUGUGAACGGCAGGUCGCAGCAAUACAAGGAGAUGGCGGGUUUCUUACACAGCAAAGGGCCUUGCGCAGACAAGUCUCUGCUGGUUUGCCCAGUAUUCACGGGCCCCGUGCUUGCUUUGGCCCACCUGAGUCUCAGCGUGCUCCUGCUUACAUUGUUCUGUACGGGCCUGCCGUUGUUUCCGUGGGCUGGAAUCUUCGCAUCUGCUAUGUUGUUCCCGUGCCUGCUGCUCCUUGCCCGUGUGGUGAUUCACCACUGUCGAAGCAUUGAUGCGAUUCAAUGUCAAGUGCGUCACUUCACGGUUCAACAGUGCUCGUGUUCCUGUUGUGACUUCGGUCACGUGGACGCCGACGGCAGCACACUGAUGUGUGACCGCCUCAUCCUCCUUCGUAGCAUUUCUGCUUGGUUCGGGUCUGUGGAAAGCUUCGAAUCCCUCGUUCGGACCCGGCUUUUGAAGGCUUUGGUCUACCAGCUUGCAAAUCAGGCGUUCUCCUAUUGGCGCAUCGUGCAGGCGGCAAGCCCAGCUGCAUUUGCCUUAUUGGACCUGCUUUACUGGCACUAUCCGGACAAGAUCGUAAUAGUACUGGAAGCGACGCUGAAAUCUGCAACUUAUCUCUUCUGUUUGGUUCCAUGCCUAGGUCAGCUUCUACUUCGCUUGGCCUACAGAAUACGCAACCUUGGACACAGCAAGCGGGCACAGUGGCUGCUUUCUGCUGCGCUCGUGGCCGCAGCAGCGUCGCUGCUUUAUGGGGCCUACUUCUUUUGCGAAGUCGCUCUUCGCAGGCUGUCGGCCAAUACGUUAGGGAACUUCGUGCCUGGGGACCUUGCGUUGCUGACGGUAAUGGGUGCAGCCACCGUGGCUCUGUGGAGGUGCAUGCCCGCGAUUGAGAUGAUUGAGACGCCCCACGAUCCCUCAGGGGGAUCAAAACCUGCCCCACCUUCAGCUCCAGUCUUUGCUGCGCCUGGAACGAGGAUCGGAGCGAGUCUGAGUCUUUGA